AUGGACGUUACGGCGCGGACGUUCCCUUACCACCUGGCAAGGAUUCUGCAAGACCUCGAAUCUUCUGUCUUCGUCUCUAUUGACCUUGAAUUUUCCGGCAUUCACAUACCUUCAAAUGGAAGAGCUGGUCCGCAAAGCCUACAGCAGAGAUAUGAGGAUCUGAAAGAGUCUGCUGAGAAGUACCAAGUACUCCAAGUGGGUUUGACAUUUGGCAUCGAAGAUGCCGAAGCAGGUCAGAGAACCUGCAAAUACUCUCGCCCUUUCACAGCUGAAAACCUUCUAGCAAAGUACACUCUGAAGCCGUACAAUUUGUACCUCAGCCCCAUCAUUGACCGUAGGCUGGACAUCGAGCGAGCUUGGAUGUUUCAGAGCAGCGCGGUUGAAUUUCUUUUGGAGAACAAAUUCAGUAUGGACUCAUUGUUCAAAGGCGUGACGUACGUAUCGAGAGAAGAGGAAGCGAAGGCCAUCUCGAAAGCCGAAGAAAGGCGAAAAGCGACCCCGAUACAGACCUCACUGGACGUCAAGGAGACCGAUUAUGAUUCCCUCGCAUUUCUUGAUCUCGUCCGAAAGCUUAUCGACGACUGGUUAGCUCUCGGUGAUAAACGCAAUGACUAUCUCAACAUCCCCCCUCCUUCUCGUCAAUCCGAGGCUCAGACAUUCAAGCCUAUGCCCUCAGUGUUGAACCGGCAUCAGAAAAGGCUAGUCCACCAGCUCGUCGAAGUGGAAUAUCCAGGAUUUGUCACCAUUGGCCGGCCUGAAUGGGUCCAGAUUGUAGAGUAUAACGAGAGUCGCGAGACGGCCGUUGGUGAGAAGAGGAUAGAGUGGAUAACAGACCGAGCGCGGAAGGAAACUGGCUUUAGAUGGAUAGCUGAAGCACUGGUUGGAGGCGACCUCACGCAUCUCAGUCCCGGAUAUUUUCACGGCGUCCGAGGCAAUAAUACUGCACCCACAGAACAGUACGAGACAAUCGAAGAGUUCGUUGACGAGUUCAAGAAGCGUUUGAAGGCACAUCGAUUUAUUUUGGUUGGCCACAAUCUCUUUACAGAUCUGAUAUACUUCUUCCGCUGCUUCUUUGGACCACUGCCGGACCGAAUGGAGGAUUUUAAAUCAAUGGUGCACGAGCAUUUUGAAGUCGUCGACACGAAGUACCUUUUUACGCACGACUGCGGCGAUAUAAACCCGAUUUCUUCAUUGCAGGAGAUCAAUGAUAGCCUGCUGAAGAUUUCGAAGCCAAAGAUGAGCAUUCAUCCACACUUUGCAAGGUAUGAGGUGCAACGGAUCGACCAUGAGGCAGGAUAUGAUAGCCUACUCACGGCUCAAAUAUUUCUCAAGCUCUCAGCACGGCUUGGUGGUGAUGAAGUUGUGCCUGGAGGAUCAUCCAUGGAUACAUCUUCGGCGACGACACAAAACAGAUUUAGCAACCGAUUUUCACAGCUGCAGGUUGGAAAAUCGAUCGAUGGCCUUGCCGAUGAGAGCGAGGGUAGCGAAGGAGUCCUAGGCGAUCACAGCAGGGCAAACAAGAUUCGGCAGGCGGCCAAAGGAAAUUUGAUACCAAGACCGUAUUCUCAAUUCUGGAGUGUCUAUGGCAACAAGUUACGCGUCUUUGGAACGAAAGAGCGAGUCUGUGACGUUGGCGAAGGCGUUAAAUAG